AUGUCUCAUCCAUCUUGGCUGCCACCCAAAAGUACUGGUGAGCCGCUUGGCCAUGUGCCUGCACGGAUGGAGACCACCCAUUCCUUUGGGACUCCCAGCAUUUCAGUGUCCACACAACAACCACCCAAGAAGUUUGCACCAGUAGUUGCUCCAAAGCCCAAGUACAACCCAUACAAACCUGGAGGUGAAGGUGAUUUUCUUCCACCCCCACCUCCACCUCUAGAUGAUCCUGGUGCUCUUCCGUCUGGCUCUGGAAACUUCCCUCCUCCACCACCCCUUGAUGAAGGUGCUUUCAGGGCACAGGGAAAUCCUGGAGGCAAGACCCUUGAGGAGAGACGUUCUAGCCUGGAUGCCGAGAUAGACUCGCUGACUAGCAUCUUGGCCGACCUUGAGUGCAGCUCGCCCUACAAGCCUCGGCCUCCACAGGGCUCUACUAGUUCAACUGCCUCUCCUCCAGUCUCUACCCCUGUCACAGGACAUAAAAGAAUGGUAAUACCAAACCAACCCCCUCUAACGGCAACCAAAAAGUCUACAUUGAAACCACAGCCUGCACCCCAGGCAGGACCCAUCCCUGUGGCACCAAUUGGAACACUAAAACCCCAGCCUCAACCAGUCCCCGCCUCCUAUGCUACGGCGUCCACCCCUUCAAGGCCUGCCUUCAACGUGCAGGUGAAGUCAGCCCAGCCCAGCUCUCAUUACAUGGCUGCUCCUUCAUCAGGACAAUUUUAUGGCGCAGGCGCAGGACCCCAGGGCUAUAACACUCAACCAGUUUCUAUCUCUGGGCAGUGCCCACCUCCUUCAACACGGGGGGGCAUGGACUAUGCAUAUAUUCCACCACCAGGACUUCAACCGGAGCCUGGGUAUGGGUAUGCCCCCAACCAAGGACGCUAUUAUGAAGGCUAUUGCCCAUCAGGGCCUGGCUAUGGGGGCAAAAAUGACUCUGAUCCAGCUUACGGUCAACAAGGGCAUCCGAAUACGUGGAAGCGGGAACAAGGGUAUACUCCUUCUGGAACAGGAAACCAGAACCCAGCCGGGAUGUAUCCAGUUACUGGGCCCAAGAAGACCUAUAUCACAGAUCCUGUUUCAGUGCCCUGCGCACCGCCACUGCAACAAAAGAGUGGACAAACAGGAUCCAUGGGGCCUCCAGCUGUUCCCCCUUCAUUCCGCCCUGAAGAUGAGCUCGAACACCUAACCAAGAAGAUGCUGUAUGAUAUGGAAAAUCCACCUGCUGAUGAAUACUUUGGCCGCUGUGCUCGCUGUGGGGAAAAUGUAGUUGGGGAAGGGACAGGAUGCACCGCCAUGGAUCAGGUCUUCCACGUGGAUUGUUUUACCUGCAUCAUCUGCAACAACAAGCUCCGAGGACAGCCCUUCUAUGCCGUGGAGAAGAAAGCCUACUGUGAGCCCUGCUACAUUAACACCCUGGAACAGUGCAGUGUGUGCUCCAAGCCCAUCAUGGAGCGGAUCCUGCGAGCCACCGGAAAGGCCUAUCAUCCUCACUGCUUUACCUGUGUCAUGUGCCACCGCAGCCUUGACGGGAUCCCAUUCACCGUGGACGCUGGUGGCCUCAUUCACUGCAUUGAGGACUUCCACAAGAAAUUUGCCCCCCGAUGUUCUGUGUGCAAAGAGCCUAUCAUGCCGGCCCCGGGCCAGGAGGAGACUGUCCGGAUUGUGGCUCUGGAUCGCGAUUUCCAUGUUCAUUGCUACCGGUGUGAGGAUUGUGGUGGUCUCCUGUCUGAAGGAGAUAACCAAGGCUGCUACCCUCUGGAUGGACACAUCCUCUGCAAGACCUGCAACUCCGCCCGCAUUAGGGUGCUGACGGCCAAGGCCAGCACUGACCUUUAA